AUGUUUAGGCCAAAUAUAAAUAUAAUUCUCUGUGGCGACUUCAAUGUAGAUUCUUACAAUCAUAACGACGACAAUGAGGCCCUAUUGAAUGCACUGUCUGAGUUUGGCUUGCAUCCACAGGUAGGUUGGCCAACAAGGAUUGAGCGUACGUCUAUCACAAAGAUAGUCCAAGUUUUCACCAACUUCAAUGAUAGAUGUUUGAACUGCGUUGUUGAUCAUUUCAUAUCUGAAGAUAGAACAGUACUUAUAGAAACGAUAGAAUGUUCUCAAGCUGACGAUGCGAGGAAAUACAUAGCAGCUGUCUUAGCAACUACUCGACAAGGCUCAAACGUAUAUAGGUAUGUGAAAAUAUGUGUUGAAACUAUAGGUAUAUAUAAAGAGAGCCACUUUGCUGUCCAGUUGAAGUUGAAGUUGAAGUUGAAGUUGAAGUUGAAGUUGAAGUUGAAGUUGAAGUUGAAGUUGAAGUUGAAGUUGAAGUUGAAGUUGAAGUUGAAGUUGAAGUUGAAGUUGAAGUUGAAGUUGAAGUUGAAGUUGAAGUUGAAGUUGAGUUGA